AUGCUAUGGUGUUGUCUACUCCUUGUGUAUUGCGUUUCCCCCUCAAGUGGUCUUUGGACCGUAAAUGUACAAAACGAUCACCUGCAAGAAUACUUUGAAGAACUUAGUCUACUCGUUUCUGAAAUUAUGCAUAAAACAAAUGUUUUUCGUUGCUUUGCUAUCAUAACCGAUGAUACGUAUUAUAAGAUUUUUGGGCAGACAGUUUUUGAAAAAUAUCGACGAAAAUUGAAUUCAAAUUUCUUUUUAAAGAUUUCCGAUACGGAGGAUUUAAUGGCACCUAAUUACCAAACUGUCAGAGUGCUGAAAGAAAUUCGUGCGCAAAAUUGUGAUUUGCACAUUAUAAUGUUGUCGAAUGGAAAUCAAGUUAGAAGAUUUCUGAUGUUUGUUGAUGAAAAUCGGAUAUUGGAUACGCGAGCAAAGUUUGUCAUGCUUUAUGAUCAUCGAGUCUUAGCUGAAGAUAUGAUUGUAAUAUGGAGGAAUAUUUUACAAGUUGUUUUUAUAAGAUGGCAAAGAGUUACAAAAAGUGAUGAUAUCGACGAGAAAGGCGAAUUCAAUCUUCUCUCAAUUCCCUAUCCAAACAUUUUAAAUGGAAUUCUUUCGACUCAAGUAAUUCUUAAAUGGAAAAACCACAAAUUUCACAAGAAAAUCCCUAUAUUUAAUGACAAAUCAAAGGAUCUUAAAGGAAUCGCUUUAAGAAUUGUAGCCUUUGAACAUGUACCUAUGGUGAUGAAACUCAAAAAUGGCGACUUCGCUGGAGUUGAGGUCGAAAUAAUUCGAUCAUUGGAGAAAGUUAUGAAUUUCAAAGCAUAUUUUUACGAAACUAAUGACGCCGAAACGGAACAUUGGGGUAAGAUCUUACCAAAUCGGAGUUAUACUGGACUUAUUGGAGAAAUGAUCAAUCGUCAAGCCAAACUCGCCAUCGGUGAUCUUCAACUUAAUAUCCUAUACUCUAAUGUCAUGGACAUGAGUGAGCCUCAUAGUCACGAGUGUUUUACAUUUCUUACCCCAGAAUCUUCACAGGAUAACUCAUGGAAGACACUUAUUCUACCUUUUAGUGGUAACGUUUGGGCAGCUGUUAUAGCAGGUCAGCUCGUUGUUGGAACAAUAUUUUAUUUGAUCUCUUAUACGCAUUCAGUAAAUAUUGCUGAGACUUCUCGCCGAAACCAAGUUUUCUUCUCGAUCUUUCGCAAACGUGGAACUUCCAUUGAUUCAAAACUAUUUCGAGAUGUAAAAUUUCGUUCGUCAUUGAAUCGCCGUAUUCCACGCCAGGAGUCAACUGAUCUCUUCGACGAUUACUCUAAUUGUAUACUUUUGACUUAUAGCAUGUCCUUGUUCGUGUCCUUGCCAAAAAUGCCAAAAAAUUGGCCACUACGAAUACUCACAGGUUGGUACUGGUUGUACUGCAUAAUGCUUGUAGUUUUCUACCGAGCGAGCUUCACGGCGAUUUUAGCUAAUCCAGCCCCGAGAAUAACCAUAGACACAAUUGAAGAACUUUCCAAAAGUCGAAUAACUGCUAGUGUAUGGGGAACGGAAAAUAAGAAAUUUUUCGAGCAAGCUUUUGACGAAAUCGCUCAAGAAAUGAGCGAAAAAUUGGAAAUGGUUGAUGAUAUUUAUGGAGUUACCGAUCGAAUUGCAAAAGGUCAAUCUGCUUACUACGACAAUAAAUUUUUCUUGCGACAUCUUCGACAAUUAGGAAGCUUACGCCGAGAAGACACUGAAAUUUUACAUAUUAUGAAAGAAUGUGUUGUCGUCAUGCCAAUUUCAAUAGGAAUGGAGAAAAAUUGUCCAUUCAAAGCUAAUGUUGACAAAUAUCUAAAUUGGAUGAAAGAAGGUGGGCUUCUUUCAAAAUGGUUAAAAGACGCAACAAGAGAUUUAUCCUCCGAAGAAAUGGCGCCACAAGAAGCCCUAAUGAACUUGGAAAAGUUUUGGAGUUCUUUUGCGGCUUUGGGAUUUGGAUACAUUUUGGGUGCUCUGACAAUUGGUAGCGAGAUAUUUCAUUUUAAGUAUAUCGUUCAAAGACAUCCAUUGUAUGAUAAAUAUAAUCCGAAAAUAUAUUAUAAUUUUCAAAGAAGGUUUAACUAUUAAAUUAAA